GGGCGCGUAAAUCUGUGGGCUGGACCCCACGUUGGGCUGUUUCUGUUUGUUCCGCGAUGGCGGCCGCGGCGGCAGUGGUCACGCUGUCGGGUUUAGAGGAUGGGGUGUCUCGGUCGCGUGGCGAAGGGGCUGGGGAGGUAGUCGUAGAGCGUGGCCCCGGCGCGGCCUACCAUAUGUUCGUAGUGAUGGAGGACCUGGUGGAGAAGCUGAAGUUGCUCCGCUAUGAGGAGGAACUCCUACGGAAGAACAACCUGAAGCCCCCGUCCAGACACUAUUUUGCACUGCCUACCAACCCUGGUGAACAGUUCUACAUGUUUUGCACUCUUGCUGCUUGGUUGAUUAACAAAGCAGGACGGCCCUUUGAGCAGCCUCAGGAAUAUGAUGACCCUAAUGCAACAAUAUCUAACAUAUUAUCUGAGCUCCGAUCAUUUGGGAGAACUGCGGAUUUUCCUCCUUCAAAAUUAAAGUCAGGUUGUGGAGAGCAUGUAUGCUAUGUUCUUGACUGUUUAGCUGAUGAAGCAUUAAAAUAUAUUGGUUUCACUUGGAAAAGACCAACAUAUCCAGUGGAAGAAUUAGAAGAAGAAACUAUUCCAGAAGAUGAUGCAGAAUUAAUGUUAAAUAAAGUGGAUGAAGAAUUUGUGGAAGAAGAGACAGACAAUGAAGAAAACUUUAUUGAUCUUAAUGUUUUAAAAGCCCAGACCUAUCGCUUGGAUAUGAACGAGUCUGCCAAACAAGAAGAUAUUUUAGAAUCCACAACAGAUGCUGCAGAAUGGAGUCUAGAAGUGGAACGUGUACUACCACAACUGAAAGUCACGAUUAGGACUGACAAUAAGGAUUGGAGAAUCCAUGUUGACCAAAUGCACCAGCACAAAAGUGGAAUCGAAUCUGCUUUAAAAGAGACCAAGGGAUUUUUGGACAAACUCCAUAAUGAAAUUGGUAGGACUCUGGAAAAGAUCGGCAGCCGAGAAAAGUACAUCAACAAUCAGCUUGAGCACUUGGUUCAAGAAUACCGUGCAGCUCAAGCUCAGCUGAGUGAGGCAAGGGAGCGAUACCAGCAAGGAAAUGGUGGAGUGACUGAAAGGACGAGACUGCUGUCUGAGGUUACCGAAGAACUAGAAAAGGUAAAGCAGGAAAUGGAAGAAAAAGGUAGCAGUAUGACUGAUGGUGCUCCUUUGGUGAAGAUUAAACAGAGCUUAACAAAGCUGAAGCAAGAAACCGUUCAGAUGGACAUCAGAAUCGGCGUUGUGGAGCACACACUGCUCCAGUCGAAGCUGAAGGAGAAGUCCAACAUGACUAGGGACAUGCAUGCGACAGUCAUUCCAGAGUCUGCAAUGGGUGCUUAUUAAAACAUACUGGGUGUUUGUGUGUGCUUCUGGUUAGCUGGUUUUUUAUGUCAAACAUAUUUCAUGUUGCACAUUUCAAAGCACAAUUAUACCUCUAAAAGCAUGUUCAAUGGGUAUUUUUAUAUACACAACAUAUUGUAUCAUGGUGAUUAUGAAUGGUUAAAACCUUUAAAUGAAUAUAAUAUUUAAUAAAGUAUUUAAAAAUUCUCACUUUUAAA